CCGGUUCUUGGUUGCACUUUCCUUGUGCUCAGCUGUCAGAGCCCUGAUGAUCGGUGCCCAGCAGUGCCACCCACCUGUGCCCAGUAGUGCCGUCCACCUGUGCCCACCAGUGCCACCCAGCAGUGCCACACACCUGUGCCCAGAAGUGCCACCUACCUGUGCCCAGCAGUGCCACCCACCUGUGCCCACCCACCUGUGCCCACCAGUGCCACCCACCUGUGCCCACCAGUUCCCAUCAGUGCAGUCUAGCAGUGCUGCCAGUCAGUGCCACCAGUCAGUGUCCAGCGGUUGUGCCAGUCAGUACCCAGCAGUUGCGCCAGUCAAUGCCUAGCAGUGCUGCCAGUCAGUGCCCAGCAGUGA